AUGGCUCCAAGAUUGCUCGUCGUUCUUCCAGUGGUGCUGCUUGGUUUGGCCUUCCAGGCCAUUCUCCGGCCACCACAUACAAAACGUUGCGGCUCGGUAGGUGGACCUCCGGUGACAUCUCCCAGGAUCAAGCUCAGGGAUGGGAGGUACCUCGCAUACCGGGAAGACGGUGUGCAGAGAGACAAGGCCAAGUACAAGAUCAUCACAGUGCAUGCAUUUGAUAGCACCAAGGACUUCCCCUCGCCUGUUUCCAAGGAGCUCGUGGAAGAACUGGAAAUUUACCUACUUGCAUUUGAUAGAGCAGGGUACGGGGAAAGUGACCCAAACCCCGGUCGGAGUGUCAAAAGUGAAGCCUUGGAUGUAGAGGAGCUCGCCGACCAGCUGGAGCUUGGACAGAAGUUCCAUGUCUUGGGUGUCUCCAUGGGAGGAUACACAGUUUGGGGUUGCCUCCAGCUCGCAGGAGCCGCGCUAGUUGUACCAGUUAUCAAUUACUGGUGGCCUUCUUUCCCGCCAGAGGUGUCCAGGCAGGCUUUCAAGAAGCUCAUUGUACCAGAGCAGAGGACCCUCUGGAUCGCACACAAUGCACCUUACUUUUUAUACUUGUGGAUGACCCAGAAAUGGCUCCCUUCUUCUGCGGCAGCCAUGCAUCAUCCUGAAAUAUUUAGCGACCAUGAUAUGGAGGUGAUUCAGAAAAUGAUGGCAAUGCCGAGAACCAUUGAGAAUAAAUCAAGGCAGCAAGGAAUUUAUGAAUCAAUCCAUCGAGAUUUACUUGUUGCUUUUGGGAAUUGGGAGUUCGAUCCAAUGAAUAUUACAAAUCCAUUUCCUACAAAUGAGGGUUCUGUACACAUCUGGCAAGGAUAUGAAGAUAGGUUGGUGCUGGUUGAGCUGCAGCGGUACCUUUCAAAGAAGCUUCCAUGGAUCCAGUAUCAUGAAGUCCAAGAAGGUGGACAUAUGUUCAUGCUGGUGGGCGGAUGGACCGAUAAAAUUAUCAAGGCACUCUUGGUAGGAGAAGAGGCAUCACCUAUGUGA